AUGAUGUUCCCCGCCAGAGUGAUUGGCCAGGCUUGCUUCCUGAUUGCUUUGGUCCAUCUCGAGUUUUCGGAAGCCCAGCCGAUCGGCCUUGUCCGGAGACAGGCUACUCCUCCCCCGUCCAACACUGGCACCGCCGACACCACUUCGGCAAACACCAAAGUGCUCAGCACGGAUCCCUCGACUACCGGCAGCGGUCUGAAUCAACUCUCGGGCUCGACCACGGCCACGACCACGGCCACGACCACGACUGAGCCCGGCGUUAUCGAUGAUGCAACUACCACUGUUCAACCCGGCCUCAACACUCAGUCAACGACGACCACUGCUCAGCCCGCCAUCGACACUCAGUCAACGGCCACUACUCAAACCGGCGUCAACGAGGAGUCCUCUUCAUCUGGUUCUGUUAAUCCAACAGCAACCACAACAACCCCCGUCGUUGAUUAUCCUAACGACGACCACAGCACUGGUGGAGGUUUGAAUCAAGUCGGCGGAGGUGUCAAGCAGGCUUCUACCGACCAUGAACCCGAUGAAAACAACUCAGGCAGGUCUGGUGAUAACUAUUCCCAUUCAGUAAACGAUGUUGGCGGCGGCGGCAGUGUCGGUGGUGGCGGUAACAGCGAUGGAACCGGUGGGGCAGGUGGCGGCGGUAGCGGGAUCGGAAAUGGAAAUGGAAAAGAUCUCAAUGGGUAUCAGACAACCGCUACGGACGAUGAUGAAUCGGAUUCGGGCCUGAGCCCCAGUGUAUCUCGCACCACUGGGGGGUCUGGCAACCCAACCUUGAAUAACGUCGGUGGCGGAUAUGGGGACCCGAGCAGACAUGGUGGAAAUGUUAACUCCUACACUGACGGUCGAAGCGUGAACUCAAUCACAGCUGGCAACAAUACUGGCGGUGGAAUUCCGAAUUAUUCUUUGUCUAUAUCCCUAAGCCUCCCAUCGACAUACGGCGGCACCAAUCAACAGGCGGAAGUGAAUGAGAAUGUGGGCACCUACGAUAUUGGCGGCGGAUCUGGGACUGGGAGCAACAAUGGUAUCAAUAAUCAAGCAAACCUCUACUCUUCUUCAUCUGGAUCCGGUUCCGGUGCCUCCCAAAAGGGUACCCCAUCCUACACUACUUCGUCAGCCUCUGCUUAUUCUGACGGUGGAUCCGGAGACACGGGCAAGCCGGGUAUCAAGACUCCAUCUACAUCCACUACCUCCGAAUCGACUGCUGCUGGCACAAGUGAUCCGAAUGGGAAGCUGAAGACCACUGGUGUUGAUGAUGACCCGGAUUUCUCCUCCGAGUCAGAAGACGAAAUCCAAUCGGCUGAGAAAAACGGUGUUGGAAAUCAACAGUCGAACGUCCUCGACAACAGCAAUAGUAAUAACAAUGCGAACACAGGCCAAGCCGGCGUCAACACUGUUGGAACCUCCACAUCACCAUCCGGAACCAGCGACCCCCGAGGUUACAAAGCUACUGGAACCUCUGUUGGAAGCGAGGAUGAGAAGACGGCAAACACUGGUACUGCUGAAGGAACCCGGACGACAAAUUCAGCAAACGAAGAUCAAUACCAGACCAGUGCAACCACUGACUCUACAAACGUCUUUGAUAAUAACAAUGCCAAUUCAAACACGGGCAAAGCCGGCCUCAACAAUGUUGGAACCUCUACAUCAUCAUCCGGAACCAGCGACCCCCGAGUCAACACUGCUACUACAACUUCUGUUGGAAGCGAGGAUGAGAAGACGACAAACUCUGGUACUGCUGAAGGAACCCACACGACAAAUUCAGCAAACGAAGAUCAAUACCAGACCAGUGCAACCACUGACUCUACAAACGUCUUUGAUAAUAACAAUGCCAAUGCAAACACGGGCAAAGUCGACGUGAACAUUGUUGGAACCUCUGCUUCAUCAUCCGGAAACAGCGACCCCCGAGGUUACUCAACUGCUUCAACUGAUUAUGAUGAUGAUAAUGAGAAUGAGAAUGUCGGAAGCGAGGAUAAGACGACAACCACCAAUGCUGUCAAUUCAGCAAACGAUAAUCAACAACAGACCAGCUCAACCACUGGCACUUCAAGUACAGCUCUAAACUCCUUUCCUGUUACCGGCAGUACGACUACCACCACCGGCGGCUCUGAACAGCCUCUCGCACUUAACACUGUAGCCCGUCCCAACGCCUCUACACCGGUGAAAUGA